GUAAACCAAAAGUGGCUGCAUUAUAUGCGCCAAACAUGGCGGAUGAAACGGAGAAGGCUCGGACUGCUCAACCGGGCGGUGACACAAUAUUUGGGAAAAUUGUACGGAAAGAGAUUCCAGUCAACCUAGUUUAUGAGGAUGAUUUGUGUGUUGCCUUCCCUGAUAUUACACCUCAAGCUCCUACUCACAUCCUGGUCGUCCCCAAAAAACCAAUUGUCCAGCUCUCACAAGCCGAAGACAGUGAUGCUGCACUGUUGGGCCACAUGCUGAUAGUUGCAAAGAAGUGUGCCCAAGAUGCCGGCCUGUCUAAAGGCUACAGGAUUGUCAUCAACGAUGGACCUGAGGGCGGCCAGUCCGUCUACCACAUCCACAUCCACAUCCUGGGUGGACGCACGAUGGGCUGGCCCCCCGGCUAACCGUCCCUUGUCUUUCCUGCUCAGACCACUUUGCCACGUUGAUGUGUGUCCUUUUACAUCCAGUUCUGUUACAUUCAGCUCUAAAGUGGUGUAAAUAAAAUUCACACAACUCAA